UCUCCCCGUUCUCUCCGGUUCAUCAUCAUAGGUGCUGGAUCGCGGGGCAAUGCUUAUGCGCGGGCCGUGACAACCUCCACCGCGGGGAUCAUCCACGCCGUCGCCGAACCCCAUCCCUUUAAACGUCGCCAGCUCGGCCGCAACUACAUCUGGGGCACCAACCAGCCCCAAGAGGGGCAAGAAUUUGCCGACUGGCGCGACUGGCUAUCUUGGGAGGUGCGUCGUCGCGAAUCCGCUUCCACUCCCAGCAGCCAGUCCACCCCUACAGCAGGGGUAGACGGGGUCUUCAUCUGCACUCUCGACGAGACGCACGCAGAGAUCAUCCACGCCAUCGCUCCUCUCCGCCUACAUAUUCUCUGCGAGAAACCGCUGGCUCUGUCCCUGACGGACUGUCUCAGCGUGUACCGCGCCCUACAGCCCAACAUUGACAGCAACAUCUUCUCCAUCGGCCACGUCCUCCGCUACAGUCCGCACAACAUCCUCCUCCGCAAGCUCCUCCUCACCGACCGCGUCAUCGGCGAUAUCGUAUCGUUAGAACACUGCGAACCCGUGGGCUGGUGGCAUUUCGCCCACAGCUAUGUCCGAGGCAACUGGCGGCGCGAGACGGCCCAGGGCGACGGCUCGCUCCUGACCAAAUCCUGUCACGACAUCGACUUCAUCAUGUGGCUCUUAUCUUCUCCUGCUGCUCCUCAGCCUGCUUCCACAUCUACCCCCGACAACCACAACAACAACACAGCCCAUAAACAAGAACCCCACCACCCCCGCACAAUCACCUCAACCGGCUCCCUCACCCAAUUCCGACGCCACCGCAAACCCCACGCCGCCGGCGCCGCCACAAACUGUCUCUCCUGCCCGGCUGAACGCAACUGCAAAUACAGCGCCGUGAAGAUCUACGACGAGAUGCACGUAGCGAAGGGCAACUUCGACUGGCCGGUCAACAUCGUCUGUCCGGACAUCGAGGACGUCGUCGCGCCGUACGCCAGCACCAGCACCAGCACUACCAUCACCAUCGCCGCCGCAUCCGCACACCUCCACGCCCGCCUCCGCGCCUCACCCGCCCUGCACCCCACUACUCCAGCGGCAGGGGCCCCACCAUCCUACGGGCACUGCGUCUACGAAGCAGAUAAUACCGUCUGCGAUGACCAGAUCGUGACGAUCACCUGGUCCGAGCUACCAGCCCUUUCAAACGACGAUCCCGAAAUGCAAAUGCAGGUGCAAGCAACAGCAAAGACGGCGGUAUUCCAUAUGAUUGCGCCAACGGAGAAACAAUGCGAGCGGCGCGGGCGCGUGUACGGGACCGAGGGCGAGCUGGCGUACGACGGGCGCCGUAUCGAGUUCUUCCGGUUCGCAAACCGGGAGACUACCGUCAUUGAUGUGCCGAGGCAGCCGCCGGAGGAGGAGAAGGCGCACGGUGGCGGUGACUAUGGGUUGGCGCGUGGGUUUGUGGCUGCUGUCGAUGCCGUGGUCAAUGGGCGGUGGGCGGUACAGAAGGCGCAGGAGGCGUUUGUAGGCUGUACGCUGGAGGAGGCGGUGCGGAGCCAUGCGGUUGUGUUUGCGGCGGAGGAGGCGCGGAGGGAGGAAAAGGUUGUGCGGUGGGCGGAGUGGUGGGAGGGGAAGUUGCGCGAGGCUCUG